AUGUUUAUUUUCUCAAAUUUGUAUCAGUAUAUUUGGGGCACAGCCCAAGGAAAAGACAAGCCUCAAGAUUUAAUUCUACAAAUCACUGGAUCAUUUGGCAAAUAUCAAUUAUGGCUUUUUGUGCUAUUAUGUUUAACAAAGAUCAGCAUCGCAUUUCAUCAACUUGCCAUUAUAUUUCUUGCUCCUCCCACUCAAUUUUAUUGCGUAUCUACUCAAACCCUGAAUGGUUGCCCUUGCGAUGACCCAAUAUAUGAUACAAGGAUAUUUCCUAGAACAAUAAUCACGGAAUUCAAUUUAAUCUGUAAAAAGAAAUGGUUAGCCAGUUUCUCUCAGUUAGCUUUUCAAGCAGGCACGCUAGUUGGAAGUAUGUUAUUUGGAAUGGUUGCCGACAAAUACGGUAGAAGGAUGCCCUUAAUUGGGGCUUGUAUUCUCCAAUUUAUUUGUGCAUUUAGUUCAGCCUUUUUACCAACUUUUGAACUAUUUACCUUAUUUAGAUUUGGGAUCGGUAUAUCAGUAGGCGGAACAAUGGUUAUUAGUUUUGUAAUCUUAAUGGAAUUCAUUGGUCCAGCACAUAGAGAGAUUCUCUCUGCUUUGUAUCAAGCACCUUUCAACGUGGGUUGCAUAGUACUGCCAUGGGUUGCGUAUUACUAUAGAGAUUUUAAAAGUUUACAAAUAGCCCUAUCGACACCGACUCUCCUUUGUCUUAUCUAUUUCUAUUCUUUACCGGAGACACCGAGGUGGUUAAUAGCAAAACACAAAACUGAAAGAGCCAUUAUAAUAUUGCAACAUGUUGCUAAAGUAAAUGGACGCCCUGUCGAAAAUGUGCGAGCAAUGGUUGAAGUUCAUCAAUUAGCUGCGUCGAGACAAAAAGUAAACCAAGGCACCACAGCCGAUUUAUUUCGAACGCCAAAUCUUCGAAAACGCAUUCUGGCUAUGGCAUUUAAUUGGUUGACAUGCUCGUAUUGUUUUUAUGGGGUAUCCCAAUAUGUUGGCCAACUAAGUGGUGAUAUUUUUAUUAAUGUAACUUCUAGUUCUGCGGUUGUGUUGUGUGGCACUUUACUGUCUAUACCUAUGAUGAAAGUUAUGGGUAGGAAGACCAUAUUAUUAACUUGUCAUUUCAUUUGUUCAACGUGCUUAUUUAUUUUAGCAUUUGCGGAAGGUAUUCUGUCGGUACUUUGUGCUACUGUCGGAGUUGUAACUAGCUUCAUCGUGUUUGUGGUUGUUUAUUUGAUGUGUGGAGAGUUAUUCCCCACUGUAGUUCGAAACUGUGCAGUCGGUUUGUCAUCUAUGUCGGCGAGGAUCGGUUCCAUGGUAGCUCCUUUUGUACUAGAUUUAAAAGACAUCCAUCCCUCACUGACUGCAAUCACAUUCGCAGUGAUCCCUUUUAUAGCCUUUUUUGUAACGCUACUUUUACCCGAAACUAAAGGGUGUGAACUCACGACUACUUUAGAGGAAGGUGAAAAAGCGUUUACAACACCACCAAAAAAAUAA